AUGCGUGCGGUCUUUGGCCGAUCGCUUUGGGCUACGCGACCGGGCCGGCGCCGCGGGUUGAGACGUUCUCGCAGCUGCAAGUCGUAUCUGCUCAACUGGCUUCCCGUGGUGCUUGUCUGCGGGCUCUUCGUGUGGGCCUACUACGCCUACGUUAUGGUGUUCUGCGCAUCUAUGAUCCACGACAGCGCCCUGAAAGCCACCAUUUUCGGUGGUGGAUUUCAUCUGCUGCUAUUUCUCUGCCUCUGGUCUUACGUGCAGACGACGGCGGCGUCCAUUGCACCCGUACCGCCACUCUACCGGCUGACCACAGGCGAGCAGCAGGCGUUGGAGAACUGCCAGAACGAGCGAACUCGCCGAAGGCUGCUCGACGGGAUGGCCAGCGAGCGCGGCGUGCUCACCCUCGGCACCGAUGGAUGCGUGCGAUUCUGCGAAGACUGUUGCCUCAUCAAGCCCGACCGCUGCCACCACUGCUCUAUCUGUCAAAGGUGCAUCCCGAAGAUGGACCACCACUGUCCUUGGUUCAACAACUGCGUCUGCUUUAACACCUACAAGUUCUUCCUGCUCACGCUGUUCUACGCGGUAGUCUUGUCAAUCUUCGGCGUCUCCACCAUGGGAAAACACGUGAUCAAUAUGUGGCUGAAGGCGCACAUGACGUCGAUCACCUUUCAGCUCACUUUCCUAAUGGUCGUCGGGACCUCGGUAGUGCUCGUACUCGGCGCCUUCCUGUGGCACCACGCGUGCAUGGUGUUCAGAAAUGAGACCACACUCGAACAGAUGCGUGCAGUCAUUUUUCGGGAGCCCGACGACUCGUUCGACGUUGGCUACCGUCAAAACUUUGUUCAGGUGUUCGGUAAGCGGAUGUGGCUGUGGAUGCUUCCGGUAUUUACCAGCGUGGGCGAUGGAGUUCGGUUCCCCACGAAGAUACAUCCACUUCCCGGCACGUUGCAGCACGAACGCUCGGUAGAAGCGACCUACUCGACUGGAUCGACCGUCGAUAUUCGGUCAAUCGCCAGUGUGGCUGGGAUUCUAUAG